AGGUUGUAGGUGUUGUUUAUGUGUGAGAUCAAGUGAAUCAAGAUGCAUGUGUUGGAUCUGCUCAAAUUUCUAUCUAGUACCUUGCGUAAUAUGUUGGAAACUAGUGACUACGGUUUGAAGGUGUAAGGCAGAUUUGAAGUUAUCACAGUUGUAGAUUUUGGCUUAGUUGUUGGAGAUUUCUAUGGAGCAACAGUUACGCUUUAUCUUCUGAUCCAUAAGUUUUAUAAUAUUCUGUUAAGUAGGUGUCAGAAACUGUCUCGUGCGUAGAAAUGAUCUUCUUUGGAUAGAUGUUCCACAAAACUAAAUCCAUUUUCUACCCUUUUUCUUCAGUUUGGGUUAUCGAUUUUCAAUUUUCUGCCCAUUCUAGGGACAGUCUAUCAUCUACACCAGCUAAGUCAAUCUCAAUUGUAUUUAUCCUAUUACCUAUAUUCAUUGGCGACUUCUUGCUCAAAUGUUUAGUUGCUCUUAGCAACUCCUAGCAAAUACUUGACUACCCAGCCACAAAAUCAAAAGAAGAGAAAAGAAACAAGGUGAAGACCUUGAGGUGUAAGUUGCCAUCGUAUCUUUUUAUGAAGAUUGGAAAAAAAGAGUCAAACAACCUACUAGCAAUGUGAUUUAAUAACCAUGAUCAUGAAUGGUUGCUUAAACUUCUAGGGAGGGGUUGGCCUGGCAAUUAUACAUGAUCAUCAAUGGGACUGAAAGUCUAGAGAGGGCUUGAACCAGGGCAUAUAGAGUCUGAGCAGGAAAUGAGAGCCAAGUGCUCAUGGUGCAUGAGCAUUUAUUUAUCUUGGCACUUAAAUGGCCCAGUUGCAAUGUAUUCAUUUCUGGCCCAGUUUCUGUCCAAGGUAUAAUUUCGUUGGAGAGGCUUUUGGCCAUAAGAAGUCUAAGAACAAGCAUAAGGGCGGAGGCAGAGGCGACGGAGGUGGUGACUCAGCUGCUGGGUCAUAGAAACUGUAUAUCUCAUAUCUUAAAUCACAACUGGGUGUUACAAAUUUUCCUCCCUGCUUUCGAUUACAACAAUUUAUCACUCAUGAUCAACUUAAAGUUGAAUUUUAAUCUUGUACUUUGUGUUCUUAAUUUAUUCAUAUUUUUUGGUCUCUAUAAUUGUCUUCUGUAUUGCAUAAGCAGUGAUUAUACAUGUUUGUCUAAUGCACAGCUGUUUGAGUGACUUCACAGACGAUAUUAAUUGUUGUGGGCCUUUUAUUUUUCAAAGCUUUAUUAAAUUAAUAGGCAGAACAAAAGAGAGCUAUGUGCUGCAUGCUUUAUAACAAAAGCGCCUGGAUAUUGCAUUUGAGUCAGUAUUAAGACUUUUCAGUAACUCAAACCAGAUGUCCAUGAUAUUACUGUUAACAUAUGUUGCAUGCACAGCAGAUACAAAGUUCACUGACCCAAAUGUUCCCCUUUUCUGGGUAGUACAUCAAUUACUCUCUUUAAUAUUUUACAGUAAAUAAAACUGCCAUCUCCUUUUCUUGAAUCGUUGCCCUUGGGUGAUUUGCUCCUUUUUAACUCCUUUACAGCACCAUAGUUGCUUGAUUUGUUUCUUGUCAAAAAAGAGAAGGGAAAAAAAAAAUAGCUUAUUGACUUGGUUGCUUACUGGUUUCAUCAUUUUCUAUAAUAUGGUAUGAAAAUUUACCUCUUGCUCUAGCAGAAGUAUUCGGUGACUGAGGCUGUUCCUGACGAGCAAAUAAUCUAUGUGUUUAUCAAGUCUUGCCAUGUAUUCUGUGACUGUCAUGUUUUGAUGAAUGACUGAUGUAACCAAGUCCUGGAAACACUUAUAGUGCCACCAGAAAUCUUACAUUUGUUUCUUGUAUAAGUUGGUGACAUAUCAUUUACAGAUGCAAACAUCCCAGGAGCACCAUAGUUCAGCCAGUUUUCAAGGGUUGUACCAUCAGCCUUUGCAAGAUCCCUAUCGUUUGUCUCAUUUUCAGAUUUUAGAAAACAAUGUCUCCGCAGAUAUGGGCAACCGAGGAACAAGUGUUUCCUUUGAACCCGAACAAUACUUCACCUUGGAGUCAUCUCCAGCUACUGGUGGUUACAUUGUCUGUGAUUCCCCGUCUGUUUCUAGUGGCUUGUCUAAUAGAAGUCCCUUUUCCCCACAAGUUUCUCAGUCAUAUAUGUCUGAUCCACAUCGUUCUCCUGAAAACAACUAUGGGUCGCCAGCAAGUGGCUCUUCUGUUGCUGAUAACGGAAAUGAAAUGAGGCACAAGCUACGGGAAAUCGAAAUUGUUUUGCUGGGUUCUGAACCAGAUAUUGGCAACAGCUGCUAUAACUCUCUUGAUAGUGGAAUCCACCAAGUCACUUCCACAUCAAGGUGGGAUUUGGAUCAAUUGGUUGAAAUGAUCCCUAGGUUAGACCUGAGAGAGGUGCUCAUUUGCUGUGCAGAAGCAGUAUCCAAUAAUGAUGUAUCAACUGCGGUUGCUCUAAUGAAAGUGCUGGAGAAGAAGGUAUCUGUGUCUGGAGAUCCUAUCCAACGUUUGGGUGCUUACAUGUUGGAAGGGCUUAGAGCAAGGUUAGAACGCUCAGGGAGUGUAAUCUACAAAUCCUUGAAGUGCGAGGAACCAACAAGCUCAGAACUAAUGUCAUACAUGUCUAUCCUCUAUGAGAUUUGCCCCUACUGGAAGUUUGCUUACAUGUCAGCAAAUGCUGUCAUUGGGGAAGUUAUGGCAAAUGAGCGCAUAAUCCACAUAAUUGAUUUCCAGAUUGCACAGGGCAGUCAGUGGAUGCUCCUCAUCCAGGCGCUUGCACGUCGGCCUGGUGGACCUCCCCUUGCCCUCCGCAUCACCGGUGUUGAUGAUUCCCAAUCAGCUCAUGCUCGAGGUGGGGGACUUGAUAUUGUAGGGCAGAAGCUGUUAGCAUUUGCUAAGUCAUGCCAAGUACCACUCGAGUUUCAUGCUGCUCCCAUGUCCGGUUGUGAGGUUGAGCUAGAAAAUCUGAGUGUUCGACCUGGGGAAGCCCUGGCUGUUAAUUUCCCAUACGUGUUGCACCACAUGCCAGACGAGAGUGUGAGCACACAGAAUCACAGGGACAGACUAUUGAGGCUGGUCAAAAGUUUGUCACCGAAGGUUGUGACUCUUAUUGAGCAAGAGUCCAACACCAACACUUCCCCAUUUUUCCCAAGGUUCAAAGAGACAAUGGAAUAUUAUACAGCCAUGUUUGAAUCGAUUGAUGCAGCUCAGCACCCAAGAGAUGAUAAGCGGCGGAUCCGUGCAGAAGAGAACUGUGUGGCUCGUGACAUAGUAAAUAUGGUAGCUUGUGAGGAUGCUGAGAGGGUGGAGCGUCACGAACUUCUGGGAAAAUGGAGGUCAAGACUUUCAAUGGCGGGUUUCACUGGAUACCCAUUGAGUUCUUCUGUGGCUAAUGCUGUUAUAGAUCUACUUGGAAUCUAUAAUGAGAAUUAUAGACUCGCGGAGAGCGGUGGGGCUCUCUACCUUGGUUGGAAGAACAGAACUAUGGUUACCUCCUCUGCCUGGCGGUAACAAUGAUUGCUCAGAAAAAUCAUGUAAAUCUUCAUUCUCUCUUUUCUUGACUUCUGUAGCACGAGAGAGUAGUUUGUGUAGUUUUAUAGAAUCGAGAGUGGCAGUCUUCCAAGAACACCUAUUUUAGGGCAUAAAGCUGAAUCUCUCUGAAUUCAUUGUACAAGUCCGCUAAAACUGAAAGAAAAUAUGUCUCAUUAUACUGCA